GGACCUUUACAGCUUUGACUCUGGGGUUUACUGGUGUGAGUCUGAGGCAGGAAGGUGCAGCAACAGCGUCAACAUCACUGUGUCCGGUGGGUUUCAACAACAACAGUUUGAACAUGCUAAUUCAGCAGCAUUGGUGGUACGUUCAAGUGCUGCUAACAACUUGUUUCUGUGGUUUUCUUACAUGCAACUUCUUGUUAUAGCAGGGUUUGCUUUAAGGUGGUAGACAAGCUGCUUACACAGUGUUGAACAUGUUUUUGUCUUAAAACUUUAAAAUGUUCAAUUCAUAAAAGUUAAUUGUAAGAUUUGUCUUCAGCGUUCGGUUGUAGUUCUGUUUUCGCCCUCUAGUGUACCUUCUGGUUCCGAAAUAACAAGAUGGCAAUGGCUCACUAAGUGAGUCCAAAAACUGUCGACAAACCAAGUAGGCAACGUCCAAAAAUUGCCAAAAACAAAGAUGGCAAUGGCUAAAAACCAUGAUGCUGAUGGCCAAAGACAGAGACGGCCAAAACCCAUUGAAACCAAUAUAGGGACGCCCAAAUGGCGAAGGCCAAAAACUAGGAUAGCAACAGCAACAUUCGGCGAUAGCCAAAAGGCUCCAAAAACAAAGAUUAUGAUGUCCAAAAACGUCAAAAACGAUGAUGGCCGAAACCAUGAUGUUGACGACCAAACGCAACCACAAAAACGAGAAGGCCAAAAAUCAUUGAAAUCCAAGGUGUGGACACCCAAUGGGGAUGGCCAAAAACCAAAAAUGGGGAUGGCCAAAGACAAAGAAGGCAACAGCCAAAAGCAGUUAAAAACAAAGAUUAUGAUGGUCAAAAAACACUUGAAAACUUGGAAAUGCCCAAACCGCCAAUCUGGAUGCUUUAAAACCAGAAUCCACAAACCAGCAGGUGGCUCUGUGAUCCUGGAGAGUCCUGCUGUUCCUGUGAUGGAGGGAGAAUCUGUGACCCUGAUCUGCAGAAACCAGACCUCCACCCAGUCAGCUGACUUUUAUAAAGAUGGCCGCCUCAUUAGUAGCAGCUCUUCAGGAAACAUCACCAUCCACAGGGUUUCUAAAUCUGAUGAAGGACUCUACAAGUGUAACAUCUCUGAUGGUGGACAAUCACCAGACAGUUGGCUGGCCGUCAGAGCAGCAGUGCGUCCGGAUUCGCCUGCCCCCCCCUCCCUUGUUCUGGUUUUACUUCCUGUGUUUGGCGUGUGCCUCGCGCUGGGCUCUCUGAUGCUGCUCGGCCUCUGGAGGAACCACAAAGGUGAAGAUGAAGCAGACGUUGAUUACACCAAUGUUACCGUCACACAGGAAGGGCUGCCAAUCAGGAUCAGAGAUGCUGACACGGCAUCCACCUACUCCACAGUGAGAACCUGACAGAAACUACAGCUUGAAAAUAAUGAUUGUAAAGACAUGUUGUAAAAGAAAACCCUGUUAACUUUGUUUGUAUGUCAAAUAUAUUUUAAGUCGA